GAUCGGCCACUGCAUCUCCGCAUGUCGGCGCUCUCUCACUUGCCUUAUUUAGCACAUCGACUUUACCGGAACUUGUCAAGAGCAGACUAGUAGCCCGGUUUCCAAUCUCUCCAUCACGACCUAGAAACAUCCCUAGAGCCACGCCGACGACAGUGUGAAGCCUGGAACAACAUCAGCAAACAUGGGAUCAAUCAGUCAAUCACUCUCGCCAUCGUUCUACAGCAACAAGCAUUAUAUCAACGGCGAGUUUGUCGAAUCGAGGUGUAAAGAAACCUACACUGUCCGGAACCCCAAAGAUGAAUCCGUCUUAUCAGACCGGAUGGCCGUGGCUGGCGAUGAGGACGUCGAGGCAGCUGUCGAGGCCGCCGAAGCAGCCUUCAACGGGCCUUGGAGUUCAUUCACCGCGCAACAACGGACAACAUGUUUGAACAAGCUUUGCACAAUUCUAGAAGACAAACUUGUCGACAUUCUGACGCUGGAUUCUCUUGCAUCCGGUAACCCAGUGUCCAUCAUCCCAACUCGAGAGAAGAACUAUAUCAUCACUGCAAUUCGAUACUACGCAGGAUGGACGGACAAGCAGAAGGGUGACUAUUAUCCGGCCGAUGAUGGUUUCGUGAAACUGGUUCGACAUGAGCCACUUGGUGUCUGUGCUGCCGUCAACCCGUACAACGCGCCAAUCGCCACGUUUAUUUUCAAAGCCGCACCGGCUCUGGCAACUGGCAACGUCCUCAUCGUUAAGCCUUCCGAAAAGACGCCCUUUGGGUCGUUAGCUUUAGCUCCUUUGUUCGAAGAGGCUGGUAUUCCCAAAGGUGUCAUCCAGGUGCUGUCUGGCGGCGGCAAAUCUGGUGCCUUGCUGGCAAGCCAUAUGCGUAUCCGAAAGAUCAGUUUCACCGGAAGUGUGCCGACUGGCAAGAAGAUCCAAAUUGCGGCCGCUCAAAGCAAUCUCAAGCGGGUAACGCUGGAGCUUGGUGGAAAGAGUCCUGCAUGUAUCUUCGAAGACGCAAACCUCGACAAUGCACUGACGUGGACUGUCAAUGCAUUGCUGGCAAGAUCCGGACAAGUCUGCGUUGCUGCGACCAGAGUGUACGUGCAAAAGUCAAUCGCCAAGGAGUUCAUCGACAAAUACGUUGCGAAGCUGAAGGAAGCCGCAGAUCGUCUCGGAGACCCACAAGAUCCCAACACCGGACUUGGUCCCCUAGUGGACCAGCUUGCCCUAGAAAGAGUCACAGGCAUGAUCGAGCGAGCGAAGCAGGAUGCUGAAUUGGCUGUAGGAGGAGCACGAAAGGGAGAUAAGGGUAGCUUUGUUGAACCUACAGUCUUUCUCAAUCCUAAGGCAGGCUCUGAAAUCUUGGAGAAGGAGGUGUUUGGUCCUGUUUCAAUAGUCAAGACUUUCGAGACGGAAGAAGAGGUCAUCAAGGCGGCCAACGAUACUGAGUAUGGUCUUAUGGCUGGCGUCUUCACGAGAGACGUGUCGAGGGCAUUGAGAGUCUCGUCGAAACUCGAGGCUGGUGUUGUCGGUGUCAACUGUGUCAGCUACAUGAAUAUGCAAGCUCCGUUUGGUGGAAAGAAGGCUUCGGGGGUGGGACGAGAAUUCGGCGAAUAUGCGCUGCGUGCGUUCACGGAGCCAAAGACGGUGCUUAUCAACAUGAAUGCAUAAAUCGAGGACCGGAUCUGAGCGUGCAAUUGCACAGGCAAAGCAUUAACUGGCAUCGGCCUCCGUCGGGGUUGAGGACAACUUUGAUCUUGUCUGGAUGGCCAGUUUGCAACAGCACCAGUCAUUGACACUUUCAUGUAGCAUAGAUCUUGCCCACAUCACAAGAUGAGUUGUAAUGAAGCAGCUAUGCUU